AUGACACCAUAUGAGGCUUUGUAUGGUUGCUGGUUUUCAUCUUCGUUGUACUGGGAUGAGGUAGGUGAGCAGCAGAUUUUGGGAUCGGAACUGAUUCAGAAGACCUUUGCAAAGGUUGAGCUUAUUAGGGAAAGAAUCAGAGUUGCACAGAGUCGACAGAAGUGUUAUGUAGAUACUUGCGGAUGGGAGUUAGAGUUCGAGGUAGGGGAUAUGAUAUUCUUGAAGAUUGCCCCGAUGAAAAGGUGCAUGUCAGACCCUUUGCACGUACUAAGUUAUGAACCUUUGGAGAUUGGAGAUGCGUUAGCAUAUGAGGAGGUACCAGUUCAGAUUCUGGAUCAAAAGGUACAGAAGUUGUGUACUAAGGAUAUACCAUUAGUGAAGUAUUGUGGUGUAACUACGCCAUGGAGGAGGCAUCAUGGGAGUUAG